UUUCAGGCAGAGAAAUCUCUUGUCACCCUCUUUGAUAAGACUUACAUCGUAAAACAACCGUACGGAGUUGUAUUGGUAAUGGGUGCUUGGAAUUAUCCUGUUACAUUAAGUAUUGGGCCUAUGGUAGGAGCCAUAACUGCCGGAAAUUGCGUUAUUUUGAAACCUUCAGAAGUUGCUUCGGCCACUUCGAAUCUUUUUUCAGAACUUAUUCCUCGUUACUUGGAUCAGGACUGUUAUCACGUUGUUACUGGAGGUGUAAAUGAAUGUAAUGAAUUAUUAAAAGAAAGAUUUGAUUACAUAUUUUUCACCGGUUCCAUGAAUACUGGCCAAAUUGUCAGAGAAGCAGCCAAUAAAUAUUUGACACCUGUCACUUUAGAAUUAGGAGGAAAAAGUCCGGUAUAUCUCGACAAUUCUGUUGAUUUCGAAAUUAGUUGCAAACGUUUAUUAUGGGGUAAAUGUACUAAUUUAGGACAGACUUGUGUAGCUCCAGAUUACUUGUUAUGUACUCCUGAAAUUCAAGAGAAAUUCGUUAAUUCAGCAAAAAAACUUUUAAAAGAAUUUUAUGGAGAAGAUCCCAAAUCUUCUCCAGAUCUUGCAAGAAUUGUUAACGAUAAACAAUUUCAGAGAUUAAUUAGAUUGUUAAAAUUAUCGGGAAAUAAUGUAGCAAUCGGUGGAAGAAUUGUCGAAGAGGAAAGAUUUAUAUAUCCAACAAUCCUUACUAAUGUUAAUGCAUCCGAUCCAAUUAUGAAGGAGGAGGUAAUAAUAUAUAAUAAUUUAUUACCACAGAANAAUAUUCUUAGAAUAAGAACCAUAGCUCCCAGUAUAAUAGUUAUCACGCAGAAAACUCCAAAAAAUGCUUCACUGUUUCUAUUAGUAGCCAUUAAUCCUGUAGACCAAACCAGAGUUAGAAAUAUGAUAAUGAUAGCCGAAGCCCAAAACUUAUAUGAAACACUUGAUAAUUACAAUAGAAGGUAUCAUGGCAAAUUCUCAUUCGAUACAUUCUCGCAUCAAAAAGCUGUUUUAGAAAGAAAUUAUAAUUACGUUGGAGAAAAAAUGUCCGAAGCUCGUUAUCCGCCAUACUCAGAUGCCAAAAUCGAUUAUAUCAGAUUUAUGACCAAACGUAGAGCAUCAAUCAUCCCUCCUUAUACCGGUUACAUAUUAUCUUUUCUAUUCGGAGUCAUUUUGGUAUUUGUAAUACAAUACAUGAUAGAUCUUUUUUGAAUUUUUAAGAGAGGGAAGAAGAACAAGUCUAAACAUCAAUUACCUAUUUAAGGUGUGGGAUCAUCUAUAAAUAAUUUUAUUCGAGAAAACACUAUAUAUAUAUA